AUGGCUUCUUUUAUUCUACGUAGAAAUAUAGUAAGUCGACAUUUGAAAAGACCAUUCUAUCACAACAAGCGUAAUGCUGGAUACGUAGUUUUAAUUCCAGAAAUUGGUGAAGAUGCAGAUAAAAACAUACUACUUUCAGACAAUGGCUUGCCAGAGUUCAAUGAUAUAAGUAUAGAGAAAUGUAUUGCUGCUAUAAGCAAGCAGAGUAUGGAAUACGAAAGUGGUGUGAAACAGAUAGAACAGUCAACGGCGGAUUGCAGGAAUGCUUUUGUAGAAAUAUUUCAGCCUUUAGAGAAGCUUGAUAGCCAAUUAGAGUUGACAUGGGGAAUGGCUAAAACACUAUACCUUGGCAACAGUUCUCUCAUGCCGACAAAGUCCUAUAUACAAAUACACGAGAGGGCCCACAAAGCUCGCUCAGCUAAAUUUAACAGUGUACCCAUCUACCAUGCGGCGGUAAACGAGAAAAACCGUCUGAAGAAUCUUACAGAUGAAGAACAGCGUCUGCUCGAUAAAUACAUAUUGGAGGGUAGGCUAAACGGUUUAGAUGUCAAAGGUACAAAACGCGACAGGCUGCACAGCGUUUUAAGCGAGUUGCAGAAGGAGAGACAACUAUUCCGCGACAAGGUUAACGUGGCCACCAAGGUGUUCAAAAGCACAAUUAAUGACGAGCAAAUCAUAAAAGAGUUUCCGGAAAGUCUCGCGAAAAUCAUGUCGGUGAAUAACGACGCGAGUAAAGGCCCUUGGAGGGUGACACUGCAGCCAUAUAUUUACGAGCCCUUCAUGCAGUACUGUCCAGACAGAACUCUCAGAUGGAACGCGUGGCAGGGGUACAACCAGCGCUGCUCCACCUACGUUAAUAAGGAUUUCGAAACGAGCACGGUCGUCGAGAAGAUCCGCAGCCUGCGACAGGAGCAAGCGGCGAUCCUCGGCUUCGACACCUUCGUCGACAUGAGUAUGGAAACGAAAAUGGCCGGUUCUGCGGAGAACGUGACCAACACCCUCGACAGCCUCCUGGAGAGCGCCCGCCCGAUGCAGGACACCGAGCUGGAACAGCUGCAGAGUUUCGCGAACGAGCGCGGCUUCAACAAGAAGCUCGAGCACUGGGACGUGCCCUACUGGCAGAGGAAGCAGAAGUUCACCCUGUACGAGUUUGACGAGGACAGAAUACGCGAGUACUUCCCGCUGCCGAAGGUGGUCAACAGCCUGUUCAACCUGUGCGGCACGCUGUUCAACGUCGAGAUAGUCGAGCGCCCCAACGUGCACACGUGGCACAGGGACGUCAAGUUCUACGACGUGUUCGACGGUUCGCGCGGCGGCAACGGCCCCGCCGCAAGCUUCUACUUCGACCCGUACGCGCGCCAGGACGAGAAGAUACGCGUACACGACGACGCCGGCUGGCACAUAUCGAUACGCAACAAGUGCACCGCCACCGCCUCGACGCCGCUCUCCGCCCUAAUAUUCAACUUCCAAGCGCCCGCCGAGGGGAGGCAGUCGCUGCUGACCUUCAACGAGGUGGGCGUGCUGUUCCAGCGGUUCGGCCACUCGCUGCGCCACCUGCUGACGAGGGCGAACUACUCGGAGGUGGCGGGCCUGUCGAACGUCGAGUGGGACGCGGCCGAGGUCUGCGGCCACGUGAUGACGCACUGGCUCCACGACCCGCACACGUUGAGCGCGCUCAGCGGCCACCACGCCACCGGCGAGCCGCUGCCCGACUCGGUGGCCCAGAACCUCGGGAAGGUCAGACGCCACAUGUCCGGCUACAACCUCUGCAGGGAGCUGUACCUGUCGCGUUUGGACCUCGAGCUGCACUCCACGAAGGCCUUCUGGCGGGACGUGGUCCGCGAGCUGUGGCCGAAGUACCACGCGAUACCAUACGACAAGCACGACGCCCACCCGUUGUCCUUCGUCUACAUCUUCUCCGGGGAGUGGGGUGCGGCGUACUACUGCCACUUGUGGUCGAGGAUGGUGGCGGCGGACAUCUACGGCGCGUUCGACGAGGCGAGGGCGGGCGGUGACCUACUGGCGGUGGGCCGCAGGUACAGGGAGACGUUUCUGGCGGAGGGUGGCGCCUGCCACCCAGGGGAGCUGUUCCGGAGGUUCCGCGGCAGGGACCCCUCGCCGCACGCCCUUCUCAACAGCCUCGGGCUGCCGAGGAAGCUGGCUGAAGAC